AAUAAUAUAACGGUAUAGAAUUUGCUGAAUAAUGUUUGUCAAUAUGAGAAACAAUAUGAAUAUGUAUAGCAAACAUAUGAGCUACUGAUUUGAUUAUGCAUCGACGCAUUUAACACGAGAAGACAUAAGUGAUAUCAGGAAUAAGUUCGUGUUAAUUCUAACAGAAUAAUUUUUAAUUGUCCAAUUCGUUUUGUUGUUUUUGCUUGUUAAUUACAAAAUGAACAGUAAAUUCUUCAGCAUUGAUUCGAUCAUCGGAGCUAGGCAAAAUCAUGGUGAAGAAAAACAACCAGCAUUAAAAGACGUAAAACAUGACGCUGUAAAAUUAAAUGAAGAAAAGACGGUAGCUUUAAAGAAUGAAGAAUCAUCAGACAUUGAUAACCGGCGGCUAAAAAUUCCAUCAUUUCAUGCAAGCAUAAGAGAUGCAGGUCAUACAAUGCACGAAUCACCAAGCACACGACAUUUGAACCAUGUAGUUCAUGAGACCGCAAACACAGCUGUAUGCCGUUCGAAGCCCUGUAGCUCACCACAUGGUCCACCGCAUGGGCCGCCGACCAAUAUUAGGUAUCAAGAACACAGAAAUUCCUCCGGAGAAACUUGUCCAAAUAGCUGCAAAAUUCCACCCAAGCAAAAGCGAUUGUCCCUCACAAAAAAUCAACUUGGAGAAUUAGAGAAAUGCUUUCUUAAGAACUACUAUCCAACAGAAGCGACAAGAGAUGAAUUGGCAAUGCGACUCGGUCUGUCACACGCAAGAGUCAAGGUUUGGUUUCAAAACAGACGGGCUAAAUGGCAAAGGAAUCAAAAGAUUAAAACCGAAUGGCAGUCAUUUUUGCAUAAUCCAUUCGCAGCAGCAAUAGGUUUGUCUCAUCAUCGCUUGAUGUUGCAGCAGCAACAUCAGUUGCUAGCAGAUACUCAAUCUAAGGAGUACGACCCUCAGUGUCUCCAAACUCCAAUGCCGUCAUUAUACUCAACAUUUCCGCAUAGCAGUAUGACUUUUAUGUUACCUAGACAAGAUCUGAUGUCAUAUUCAAUUGGCAAACCACCAAUGCAAACAAUAGACGAUUAUGUUUUGGCGAAACAAGCGGCACAACACGAGAAUAACACAAAAAUGUCUUUAACAGAUGAAUCUGACAGCGAAGAGACAUCAAAUCGUGCACAAAAUAAGAAUACAGCAAAUGUUACAAACACAAAGGCAUCAAACAUAACAGAAAAGCCCACUGGACUUCGGUCGGGUCAGUUCUGGUGGUAAAAUAAUACAAAGACUGCAAUAUUAUAUGUGUGUGUUUCUUUCUUUCAAAUGGAAAUAAAUAUCCAAAAAGGUUUUCAUUACAUGUUUGAAAGUAAGUGAAAACAGUGAAACUAUAAGACUGUUUUCUAGCGGCCUAUUUUUAUGUGAAGCAUGUCAACAAAAACUAGGAAAGUACAUUUCAUUUGACUUUAGCAUGCACAUAAUGCUAAAUAGAGAUUUAUUUUAGUUUGCUUAAGUGCAUGGGAUCAUUUUUUAAAAUGCAGAGAGUAAACGAACAUUUUGUCUUAAAGUAGUAUUUACGAAUCUAGUCAAUUCUUACAUAAAAAUACGUAUUAAAAAGUUCAUCAACUCGUGAUAUCAUAUUUAUCUUUAAUGUUAAUAUAAAUUCAUUGAUUUACAUCUUUAUAUGCUUUAUCUUUUGUUUACAUAUUUCUAUAUCUAUAAUAUAUAUACUGGGAAAAAUAAAUUCACUUUUAUAUUUCAGGUUUUUUGUGUUUUCUGUUUUACAUUUCUGCUUACAUGUACAAGUUACAAGUUUACAAUUACGCCAUUUCUUUAUGACGGUACCUGGAAAGAAACACUGCCUCAUCUAGGUAGAGAUAUGCCUGGUUACUUGAUUUUUCUUCUCCAAGUGUUUAGAUUACAUUCGAACUAAAAUUUUAUUUAAGCAGCUUUGUCUGUGUCUUUCCUCUCAUCAACAUAUACACACAUUGUUUUUGUUUUGUUCGUUUUCAAGGUAUACCGACACAAGUAUAGAUCAUACAACAAGUUUUAGCUGCUAUUUAUGGUUGAUGAAGACCCCAUUUGCCCCCCACGGCUGUUCUUUCUGACGCAGGCUGGUAUCUGGAUAGAAUUAGUUUUUGAUCCAAUAUCAUCAAUGGAACAAAAAUUCAUCAUUGAUUUCAUUAUAAAAUUGGCCGAUUCGUUAAAUAUAUGUUUUGUUACUACUUUAGACUGUUGACAGUCAGUUAUGAUUAAAAAUAGCUAAAACAUCCAGCUAACACAGAGAAACGUACUAAACACAAAAUAGAGAAUAUUAUUAUUGUAUUAUAUAGUGUAAUAUGUAAAUAAACAGGCGGACUGUUAGUUUUAUUCCCAUGUCUAAAAUUCUUUUAAGCCUAUAGAAAGAUAAAUCUGUACGUUAUUCGACACUGUGUUACCCGAAAAAAUGCAUGUUUGUUAGUCUAUUUUAAUGUAAAAAAUACAAUUUAUGACAAUAAUAGAGAUAUUUCAUUUUACUAACAUAUGUUGCUUAAAUGUUUGAUUUUUCAUUUACUGACAGGAGAUCAAACGGUUAUUUUAAAAAAUGCGUGAGUUUCUCUGGUAACAUCAGUUUGUUCAUACAAAUAAAUGACGCAAAAAGCUUUUAAGUUUUGCCGCAACUAGCAAAUAAUCUAAAGGCCUUUAUGUGUUUAAAAAUAUUGAAAUUCUUAUCAUUGUUUUUAAUAUACGAAUGGUUUUUGUAACAGUUUGUCAUACAAUUGCUUUUUAAUUGUCAAUUUCUGUUACAUUUACAGUCCAUUAACUUAUGAUGUGUUUUACAGAUAGUUUUUGUCUUAUCUUAGCCUACGAUCAUCCUAUUCAAUACCCCGCAGAACUUUAAGUGUACUCGCCUGUCUACGAUUAGACGAGAAACAUGUUGCAAUAAUCGUUGUCAAUCGGUUGACGAAUGACUUAGAGAAGACAAUACUGAAAGAAAGUAUAUGAUAGACAUGCUGUUUCUUUAUCGAAACAAACAAUCUCUACAAUUCUAGAAACUAUACUUUUUUUAAUUGCAAUGAAAACACUUAGCAACAUUUGGUAAUAGAAAAUGUAACUUUUGUUAAGUAAAGGUAACAGGCUGUAAAUUUUAUUGAACAUGGUAUUCAAUGGUUUCUAGUUAAUCAAACUGGGUAUCUUUGAGGUGUUUUAUUAAAACAUAAUUAGAAAAUUAAUUCGUGUGUAACGGAAAAGCUAACUAAUAAAGGAGUACCAAUUACAUUUCCGCAUGCUUUUAUUUACUAUAAUCAAAUGGAAUUACACUCUUUAGUGCUAUUUCUGCUUAAUUAAACACUAUCUUAUUACGUGGUACACGUGUUGCAUGUUAUUUUCAGCCACUUGUGGUUAUUAUUAUUAAUAAGAAUACAGACUUUUGUAUACAAUCAUAUUACAGUCUUUGAUACAUGUCCGCUGUUACCUACAGAUGUACCGUUAUUGCGUAUAAACAGUGUUUUACACUGUUAUUCUAACGGUUUGAAUUACCUGUGUUAUAAAUUUUUGCGAAUUUCUUUCCUAUUUUGUAAGAGUCAAAUUAAAGUUAUACAGUUUAAAAAGGUGUAUAGAUAUAAAGCAUGCUGUAAAAAUGUUUGUGGAUUUUGAAGAUACUUUUUGGCCACAAUUAUGUAUUUUGGGCCUUCAUGGAAAUGCGGAUAAUGACAAUCUAGAGUAUUUACUUCGUAACCAACCUUUUUGAAAUUCUUGAUGAAAAUACUAUCGACUCUCUAUGUAUAUUUUAGUAUGGGUACUCGUCCAAAUAUAUCUCCGAAGUAUACAGAACAACUUGAUAUAGUCUGAAAGUAUUCAUCAAAUAUUUGAAAAUAAAUUAGCUACGCAAUAGCUGAACCUACAAGUUUUUUCCUAACUAAACCAAGUUAAGCAAAGCCAAUUGAUAUCCUAUUCGAACGUAGGAAAUUGGAUUUAAUUUUUAUUAUUAUCAUUAUUAUUAUUAUCAUCAUCAUCAUUGAUAUUGUUGUUGUUGUUAUAACUUAUUUCAAAUUAUUGCAAAUACUUAAAUAUAUGUAUUUACACGUACACGUAUCCAUUGUUGGAAGAUGGGCGUAGGACUGUCUUGUACAUGACAAAGGUCCUUCUAAAUAUAAUUGUUCAACAGUUGAUUAUUUUAUACAAAGCUUUAAAAGUUUUUCUUCUUUGCUGUUCAAAAAAUGAAUUUUAAUAUUUCUAAAUCAAUGAUUGUCUGAGAUAUGUUAUGUUCGUCUUUUCUAAUUACGGAAAACCAAUGUC